UGGCUACCACAGAAGAAAACCCUAAUAUCUCCGAGCUGGCAGCAGCGCCUACGAAGAAAGGAAGAAGCAAAAAAGCGUCAAAUCCCACCACCACGGCAGCUAUGGCAAGCCCCACCCGAGAAGAGAUCGCGAACUAUGAUUUGGAGAAACAGGUGCAAGAAAUGCAGGAGGAGCUCGAGAAGCUCAAGAUCGUAAAGGAGGAAGCCGAGGCGAAUAUGAAGAGCAAAGAGGAGGAGCUCGAUAGACUGUACAACAAGAUCAAAGACGAGUCUAAUGCAAAGGUCGAGGAAGCCAAAUCUAAUGCAAUGGUGGAGGAAGCUAAAUCUAAUAAUGCAAAGGUGAAGGAAGUUAAGAAGACAGAUGGUGAUUCGAAAGAUGGAAUUGUUGUGGGACGAAGAUCGAAGAGAGAGCGGAAAGUACCAAAUCAUUUGAAAGAUUUCAAACUUGGCUGAAGAUAGUUAGCUUUAUGUGAUUUCAAACUUGUUUUCUUGUUUAAAUAAUGUUAGUACGUCUUAGUUUCUAGAAGGUUGUGGUCUAAUAUUUCAACAAUUUAGUAGUAUGAGAUGAGCAUGCAUUUUGUAUAAGUUUGUGAAGUUGAUCAAAGUGCAUUUGAUGAAGUUAGAGGUAAU